AUGGCCAACCGAGAAGAUCCUGUUCCUGAUUCUUGUGGUGCUCUAACCAUAGAUGGGGAUGGAAAGUUGAAGAUCACUUAUCAAGGAGGCCUGCCAAUAUUUAUUAAUCCUGAUAUGGCUGCAAAGAAUUUAGGCAUGAAUCUCAAGACUGGGCAUAAUUGGUCACUAACUUCAUGGUUAAGUGAAAAAGUUCCAGAUCCAGGGGCUUUCAAGCUAGGCCUAGAUCCAAGUGGUGCUAAUGAGCUAGUUAAAAUUUUGGUCACUGCCCCAAUAAUCUGCUGUGGGCUGGGCUUAGUGGGUCAUUUUCUGGGUUGCGAAUUUGAGGCGAUUCAUUCGCUUAGCACAUACGAGGAAGAAGAGCAGCAGACAGAGCUAGGGAUAAUGCAAGAAGAACCGGAGAUGGUGACACCAGGAGUGGUGUUAGGGAAAGCAGCUGAAGUGAAACCAGGGAAAGGUGCGUACUUGGCACCCUAUCGUAACACUGAAAUCCUCUACGUCUACUCCUCCCUCGCGGGUGUCCGCCGCACUCUGUCGCCUCCCCCCGACUCUCCCGACCAGAGGCCAGUUGUGGAAAUAAUUGGACACAAGGCUCAGGGUGCUGUUCCAGAGCCUGGUUCUGUUGUCAUUGCCCGAGUUACUAAAGUGAUGGCUAAAAUGGCAUCGGCUGACAUUAUGUGUGUUGGUCCCAAGUCUGUGCAAGAAAAGUUCACUGGCAUAAUUAGGCAACAAGACGUAAGAGCUACUGAGAUUGACAAAGUGGAUAUGCAUUUAUCUUUUCGGCCUGGUGACAUUGUCAGAGCUCUAGUGUUGUCCCUUGGAGAUGCACGGGCUUAUUACCUUUCUACUGCCAAGAAUGAGUUGGGUGUUGUAUCUGCAGAGAGCACAGCAGGUGCAACAAUGGUUCCCAUAAGCUGGACAGAGAUGCAAUGCUCAUUGACUGGCCAAAUUGAGCAAAGAAAAGUUGCUAAGGUUGGAAGCUGACCUUGGUGUAAAAACAGGCCACAUUGAAAAUUUAAGAUAUACUUCAGCAUGUGUAUCUUCCUGAAAUUUUAUGGAGGAAGUGCACUAUGAAUUUCUUCUUAGUUGGGAGAUCAAUGUUCUUCCUAGUUUUGGUUCUUGCUAUAUGAAACCCUUAUACUUGGGAGCAAUUCCAAGUCUCAUGUCGACAAUUUGCAGGUUGUGUUGUUCUCUCUUGUUCACUGUCUGCUACUGCUGAUACUGAACUUGUGUAACAAACACAACAAUUAGCUGCAGGAGUCUUUAGUUUAGCUCAAAUCAUUUGUUUUCAUGUGAUUUUGUUAUAAACAGAGCCUUGAACUAUCAUUAUCAUGUUUUUA